UCAGGGGUGCACUGCGGGAACCACAUCACCUCCCACGGGCUGGCGCUGAACUGCUGCACCGACCUCACCUGGUUCGACCACAUCAUCCCCUGCGGGCUGGAGGGGAAAGGCGUCACCUCGCUCAGCCGCGAGCUGGGGCGGCACGUCACCGUCGACCACGUCCUCCAGCCCUUCCUCGACUCCUUCCAGGAGGUGUUCGACUGCACCUUGGUCUUUUCGGAAGACCCCGGGGACUAGGAGAGCCGUGGCACCUCGGCUGGGUGUUUCGGCAAACCCUCGGCGCGGCCGACGAACGGCGUGGCAGCCGCCUGGGGCUUUGUUGCGAGACAAGAGCUCUCGUGCCUUUGCCUAUGGACCGUGCGUGAACGGUGGCAGAGAGGUUUGCGCUGUUGCUUAAACGUCCAAACCUCCAUCGGGGCUGCUCUUCCCCGUCCCGCGGGUCUCCAUCUCACGGCCGAGACCUCCAAGGGUACCACGUCCCCGUCACUCGCUGGGGAAACGCCCAAACAGGUGCUUUUGUGUGUUUUUUCUGCCUCUCUUCCCCCCCAAAAAUCCAAAAUUUGGGUGAACCACUCAUGCGCCCUUUGGACAAGAGGAAGUGGGAAGUGGGUUGGUCGAGUGUCCGUCCCUCACUGCCACGUAAAAAGAGGCCGAUUUUCUAUAAAGAGAGUUGCUGGGAA